AUGGCUGCUACAGAAAGCCAACGCCAUCUAUUAAUCAAGCAUCGAGUGGCAAUUGUACAAGAUAUGCGAGUCCGUCGCAUAUUAGACAUCUUAUAUUCGCAAGAAAUUGUCACUCGUGAUGAUUGUGAACGUAUCGAAGCUAAAGAAACCAACGCCGAUCGAGCUCGGGCAUUAUUGGAUCUCAUUCCUGAGAAAGGUUAUCGGGCAUUUCGUAGCUUUCGCCUUGCUCUACAAGAGAGUUAUCCUCAUCUUGCACAAUUAUUAAAAGGAGACAUUGACUCUCCUGAUUCACCUAGUGAAUUGCAACCUGAAGAUGAUUUAGAAUCAAUUUUGCCAAUGCUAGUAGAAGGUGGUGUACCUCAACGCCCAAACGUACAUAUCAAAAGAGAGAAAGCGUUAGAAACACUACGAAAUGGAUUACAAUCAUUGCAGAAUCAAGAAGGUUGGGUUAUAUUACAUGGUAUGGGAGGAUCUGGCAAGACUGUUUUAGCAGCGGAAUCAUUACGUUCUGCUAAAUUAAUUGGGACUUGUUUCCCCGGUGGAGUCUCUUGGCUUACUAUGGGCAAGUAUCAUUGCUUAAUAUCACAGUCUAUGCAAAACUUAUGUUCAAGGCUUGACCAAGAAUAUCAAUAUUUGCCUACAAAUAUUGAAGCUGCAAGGGAUCGUUUACGAAUGACGAUAGCACGUCGUUAUGCAAAGAUGUUGCUAAUAUUGGAUGAUGUAUGGAGUUGGAGAGUCUUGGCGGCCUUCAAUUUACGCUGUAGAACUUUAGUAACAACGCGUGACUCUACCAUUGCUGAUCGAGUUGGUGGUCACAAAGUUCUAGUCCCUUUGCAGGAUGGAUUUACAACGGAUCAAUCAAAGACUAUUUUGGCUUCAUGGAUUAAGCAACCAGUUGAAUCAUUACCAGCUGAAGCUAGCGCUAUUAUUGAUGAAUGUAAGAGCUCACCGCUAGCUAUUUCCAUGAUAGGAGCACUGUUACAGAGACGUCCAGAUCGCUGGGGAUAUUAUUUAGAACUGUUAAAAAAUCGUCAAGUUAGUAGGUUACGCAAAUCGAUGAGCUAUCAGUUUGAUACAUUAGGUGAAGCCAUCUCCAUGAGUGUCGAUAAUUUAGAUCCUGAAUUAAGGCAGCAAUAUGAACAAUUGGCGGUAUUUGAGUCUAAUGUUAAGAUUCCAGCUAGUGUUUUAGCGAUAUUAUGGGAUAAAGAUGAGGCCUUUGUUGAAGACGAUAUGGAUGAACUAGCUAGCAAAUCAUUAGCAAAGAUUUACCCAAGGCACUAUUAUGAUACGAAUAAGAUGAUGGUCUAUGGUAUACAUGAUUUACAGAUGGAUUUCUUAAAAGAACAAUGCCCUGAUCUACCUGCUCUGCAUCGAAAAUUAAUUGAACGUUACGAUGCUACCUGUCAUGGUCAAUAUCAUCUGCUCAAAAAUGAUCGUUAUAUUCAUGAUAACUUAAUAUCGCAUUUAAUCCAAGCAAACGAAAUUAGUAAAGCGAAGGCACUUUUAACGGAUUUAUUGUGGCUUGAAGCAAGGCUAACUUAUACCCUUCCAUCUAGUCUUCUAAGUGACUACAUUAAAAUUAAAAAACUACUAAACGACGAGGAUAGAGAAUUACUGGAAAAAUUUGCUGAACUAGUUAGCGUUCAUAGUCAUUUAUUUGUCGAAAACCCUCGACCAGAUCUUAUCCAGAUGGCUAUAAGCCAAACAGGCUCUACUACAAUCCAUCAACAGGCUUUAAAAAUUGCUCGUCAGCGUCGUCAAGAAAAGUUCUAUCUAAAUUGGUGUAAUAAACCUUCUCAUAAAUUGGAUAAAUGCCUGAUGUCUUUGCGAAUUCAUAAAGCAUCAGCUGCUUGUUGUAGCUUUUCACCUGAUGGUUCUCAAGUUGUAUCAUCGUCAUGGAAUGGGGAUAUCCAAAUAUGGGAUGCUUUCUCUGGGGCAUCGGUAGCUAAAUUUGAUGGUCAUGGAGAUGAAGUAGUUUGCUGUUGUUGCUUUUCUAAAGAUGGUCGUAUUGCUUCGGCUUCACUUGAUGAAACUGUAAAAGUUUGGAAUAUUGCAAACGAAUCUUUAGAACUAGUCUAUGAUAAGCAUGAUGCGGAUGUGUUGUGGUGCCAAUUUUCACCUGAUCAAGCAAAUAUAGUAUCUUGUGGUGCUGACAGACUAGUUAAGUUAUGGAAUUCAAGAACGGGUGAAGACUAUGCUACAUUUUAUGGACAUCUUGAUAUUGUUAGACAAUGUGCAUUUUCAAACGACGGUCAAAAAAUUGUAUCAUGCUCUGAUGAUACUUAUGUCAAAGUUUGGGAUACCCAGUCUGGGGAUAUUCGAAAAGACCUCUUACUUGCCCUCACACAUCAUGACGAAGGAGUCAGUAGUUGUGCAUUCUUCAACAACGACACGAUGAUUAUUUCUUCUUCUGGCAGGAAUGUUAUUACGUCAAGUGUUAAAGAUGGAUCGAAAUUAGCAUCCUUUCGAUGUUUUGGUGGUGUUCUUUGUUGUAAUGUUUCGUCAAGUGGUUUAUAUUUUGCAGCUGGAUUAACUACCUCGGCGUUACAGAUGUGGCAUAUCCAAGAUCGACAAACUGUUGCAGUUUAUAAGGGGCAUAAUGGUUGGAUUCAGUCAGUAUCUUAUGCUCCUGAUGAUUCCAGAUUAUUAUCCUCUGCAUCCGAUGAAACUGUCAAAUUUUGGUCUUCAAAUCCCACCGAAGAUAAAUUUGCAAGGGUUAAAUUAAGAAUCUUCUUCACUUGUUCGUUUCAAGAUGAUGAGCCAACUAUUUAUGCACCUGAUAUGCAAGAAAGCUUACUGGUCUAUCACGGCUUAAAUUCUAAGUUUGUAGAAGAAUAUUCUGAAGGUCGUUCAAAAAUUCGUUGUUGCUGCCUAUCAAAAGAUGAAACCUUACUAUCGUCAGGUCGAGAAAAUGGAGAGGUCAUGAUCUUGAGUAGCAUUGAUGGGAGAUUACUGCAGGAAUUGAAUGGCCAUAAAGACACUAUAAUCUUUAUUAGAUUUAUUGGCGAUCGUAAACGGCUCUUAUCUUGUGCUCGUGAUAAUACUGCCAAGGUAUUUAAUGAAAACAUGACAGUGUCAAUGUAUAAAAUAGACAGAUUAUUACAACUUUUCGUCGCUAAGGUUAUAUUAUAUUCUUUUGUUUACAUGCAUUUGUUAUUGGGUAUUUUGUGGGAUUCAGCUACUGGCAAUAUGCUUUAUGAUUAUAGCCAUUCAGGACAUCUUACAGAUUGCUCUAUCAUGCCCGAUCAACAGAGUUUUAUAACAACAUCAGUCGAUGCAAUAGCUAAAUUAUGGAGCUGUGAAGACGGCCGGUUAAUCAGGAGUUAUACAGCUCAUGAAGACUGUGUACGAUCAUGUCGUAUAUCAAACGAUGGCAAACUCUUAGCUGUAGGUUGCGAUAAUGGAUCGAUUAAGAUAUGGGAUAUUCACUCGGGAAAGGAAUUAAUGACAUUAAGGGGACACAACGUUUGGGUCAAUUGCUGUAAAUUUUCAAAAGAUGGUAACUAUUUAGUGACUGUGAGUGAUACGCUGAUAUGGUGGGAUUUAAGAAAUGGUAAAAAAUUACAGGAAAUUCGCCUAUUUGGUCGUUAUGCAGACGAUAUUUUUUUUAAUGGUGACUUUACUCAUUUUGUAACCAUCGAUAGCGAAAGCAUCGUUUAUAUUUUAAAAAGAUUGACGUAA